AUGCCACUUGAUAGACUUCCUGCCUGGCUGUAUGCUGUGGCCUGUGGGCUCCUGCUUCUCCUCCUCCAUGUGCAUGGCCAGGACUCAUCCAGCCCCAUCAGGAACACACACACAGGGCAGGUGAGAGGAAGCCUUGUCCAUGUGAAAGACAAUGAAGUUGAUGUCUAUACCUUCCUGGGAAUUCCCUUUGCCAAGCCACCUGUAGGACCACUGCGCUUUGCACCUCCUGAGCCCCCUGAGCCAUGGAGUGGUGUGAGAGAUGGAACCUCCCAUCCAGCCAUGUGUCUGCAGACUGAUAUGAUGAAUAAUGAGUUUGCAAAGAAGAUGAAUCUGAACAUGCCUCCCACUUCUAUGUCCGAGGACUGCCUGUAUCUCAACAUCUACACACCAGCUCAUGCCCAUGAAGGCUCUAACUUACCUGUUAUGGUAUGGAUCCAUGGUGGAGCACUUGUUAUGGGCAUGGCUUCCAUGACUGAUGGAUCCAAACUGGCAGCUACCGAAGAAAUAGUAAUGGUUGCUAUCCAGUAUCGUUUGGGUAUCCUUGGCUUCUUCAGCACUGGAGACCAGCACGCCAGAGGCAACUGGGGCUACCUCGACCAAGUGGCUGCCCUACACUGGGUCCAACAGAAUAUUGCCUACUUUGGAGGCAACCCUAGCCAGGUCACUAUUUUUGGUGGGUCAGCAGGUGGCACAAGUGUGUCUUCACUUGUUGUGUCUCCCAUGUCCAAAGGACUCUUCCAUGGAGCCAUUAUGCAGAGUGGAGUGGCCCUGCUGCCUGACCUUAUCUCUGACACAUCUGAGGUGGUCUACACAAUGGUGGCCAACUUGUCUGGAUGUGAGGCCAAGGACUCAGAGGCCCUGGUACACUGCCUACGAGACAAGAGUGAAGCAGAAAUUCUGGCUAUCAACCAGGUCUUCAUUAUGAUCCCUGGUGUGGUGGAUGGGAUGUUCCUACCUAGGCACCCUCUGGAGUUGUUGGCCUCUGUGGAUUUUCAGCCUGUCCCCAGCAUCAUUGGUAUCGAUAGUGAUGAGUGUGGCUGGGGAAUCCCCUUGGUAAGACCUCGUUCUAAGCCUGGCCUUGAUCCUGUCAUAAAGAACAUAACCAGAGAGACCCUGCCAGGUAUUCUGAAGAGCACAGCAGCACAGAUGAUGCUGCCUCCUGAAUGUAGUGAUCUGCUAAUGGAAGAAUACAUGGGGGACAUUCAGGACCCCCAGACCCUCCAAGCACAGUUCAGGGAGUUGAUGGAGGACUUCAUGUUUGUGAUCCCUGCACUCCAAGUAGCACAUUUUCAGCGUUCCCAUGCUCCUGUCUACUUCUAUGAGUUCCAGCACCAACCAAGUUUCAUCAAGCAUGUCAGACCAUCCCAUGUGAGGGCUGACCAUGGUGAUCAUGCUGCCUUUGUCUUUGGCUCCCAUCUUUGGGGCAUGAAAGUUGACUUCACUGUGGAGGAGAAGCUGCUGAAUAGGAGAAUGAUGAAGUACUGGGCCAACUUUGCAAGACAUGGCAACCCAAACAGUGUGGGUCUACCAUACUGGCCCGAGUUGACCCAUGAUGAGCAGUACCUGCAGCUGGACAUUCAGCCUGCUGUGGGCCGAGCCCUGAAGGCCAGAAAGCUGCAGUUCUGGACCAAGACUCUGCCACAGAAGAUCCAGGAGAUAAAGGGGGCUCAGGUCAAGCAUGCAGAGCUUUAG